AUGACUCAAGCCGCUCAAAUGCAACAGCCCGCCCAAAGCAUGCACUCUAUGUUCCCCUCGGACAAUGGAAACCUCAACAACAUGUCCAGCGAAAGCCAUGUCGGCUCAUACCAGGCGCUCGAUCCCGCCCAGGACUCCCUAGAGGACUACAACCGCUCAAUGUUGCAAUACACUCAGCGUCAAAUGUCUUCUUUCGUCGAUGUCGACGACUCACAUCCUGGUCGCGGCUCUAGCGGCCGCAGCAGCCAAAGCAGCGGCCAGAGUGGUCGUAGCAGUGCCUCCAGUGGCACUGACAUGGCCAGCCAAGCCAAUGGACCUUCCCCUGCCAGCGGCAGCGCUGUUAGCGGUCGCGACAUGGCUGAAGCUUAA